AUGUUUCGACUUUCUUCUAUUCUUCUGGCAUUCAUAACCAUAUUGCCUCUCUGUCUCGCCCAACGACCCGAGAAUAUAUCAAUCUGUGAUUUCUACACUCCAUCCAUCCUGGGUGAGAACACAGCAUCAAAUCAGCUUCUUCUCAUCACAAUCUGGGUGAACACAUUCGUUCUUGGCAACUACACCACUCCCAACAUCGGCAUUCCUGUCCAUGGGUUUGCCACUCCAGAGAUCUACAAUGGUACCGAAAUUGCUCUCCUCCCAUAUUUUACUGGCGCCUACAAUUCCACCAACCUCGGUGGAAAUGCUGGUGUUUCUAAACUGUUCCUCGAUGACGGAGGACCCGUUCCAGUUCUAAAGAACAUGUCUUCUAAUGGGAAUACCAGCUCUGCUCAAUACCAAGUGUUUAACCACAUAUAUCAAUACUUCGGCAGCAUAAUCGGUUGUUCUCUCCAAGGAAGUCCAGACUUCCCCUCUUACCAAGGAAGAACAAGCAUGUACGAAGUACACAAAUUCAUGGACCUUGAUAUUCUCCAAAUGACCUACUUCAUAAACCUCGUCGACACAGCCGCUUCCUCCCUCGGGAUCUCACUCGACGACGCCUCCACGAUCGGCACAUCUCUCAAUAGAGCAUUUAACACCCGCUGCGCCUCUCCCAUCUCUAUCUCCAAUAUCGACGCUCCGUCAGAACUACAGUCUAUAUGUAUCGCUCCAGAUUGUCCUUUAGAUCCUGAUAACAAUUGUUCGGCGUAUCCCCUUGAUGGCCUGGCUUUGGCGCCCGUUAAUAUUACCGAUAAUGUGACUGUGACCACGGGCGGAAAUGGAUCGACAAUUGGGGUUCCGUUGCUAUUGGACUUGCUUUGGGGAUUACGGUGGAUAUGGAUUUUGAACCUCAUUUUGUUGGUUGAGAAUUAG